AGAACCUGGCGCGAUUUGCUGACCUAAUCGACACGCGUCACUUCCGUCGGCUCCCCACGACCCUUCAACAACGCUGCUGUCGGUCUGAAACUGAAUCCUGUGCAGCUUAAACGAAAGCUGCAGGAUUGCAAACAGAUCGCUCAUACCGUAUAUACCACGGCGGUAACGGUUUGGUUUUCUCUUCGACGGUGGCCUUGCCAGCGGCCAAUACCUACAGGAUGGCCUCUACCGCCGCUCCAACGCCGGCGGAGCUCACCGCAAAUGAUGGGCGAAGCCCUUUUCCCAUGAAAAGGGACCAAACGCUCGGCUUCCCCAAAGAACCCGAGCUACCGAGCGUCUCACAACACGCUGGUCGCCAGUCCACCAAGCCCGAAACCUUGACGGUCCCCAUCAACACUGUCACCUAUGUCGGCACGAUCCCAUCUCCAGCAAAAGCCGCAGAGGCUGCAACUCCUGCAACAGCUGGAAGCACCACCCCACCCCGCAUUACCCCGUCGCAGUACAUAAAGACACGAUCCCUAUCCACUGCGGAGCGCCUGGCCCAGGCUUCUCAUAUGUCUAGCACUCCACGCAUCGUCGGCCUCAUCGACGACAUCGAGGCGUCCUCGAAGCCAUGUCACGUUCCUGUCGACCGACCGCUAUUUCAACCGUUUCCAUCAACCGUGGUGCUGCAAUCUUUCGUGCCUUUUCAGGUAUACGAAGUUGUCAUCAACUUUCGGAACAAUGAUAAAGUUCCCCGCCGGCUCAGAAUCGAGCCAAUUGACAAUCCAUACUUCUCGAUCACCAGAUGGAAAAGUGCCACAUUGCAUUCUGCAAAAGUGGCUCCGGGAAUGGACGUGGCCUAUGUCCUGCGAUUCACACCCGAAGAUCAGAUCGACUACUCGUAUAAUCUCGUCUGCACCACGGAGCGGGAAACAUUCUUGGUGCCUAUCGAGGCUGUCGGCGCACGAGCUAUGCUUGACUUUCCAAAUGAACUCAUAUUCACGGAUUGUGCAGUGAACUAUGACAGUGUGCGCACACUGCUCGUGCGCAACAUUGGCAAUCGUAUUGCAAAGUUCAGAAUGCAAACCGCGGCUCCAUUCAAAACGGCGCCUGAAAUAGGAACUCUGGAGCCAAAGCAGAGCAUGCAGAUUGACGUGCACUUUAAUCCCGAGGAAAGUGGGAGCUUUCAAGAAGACCUGCAAGUGAGCUUUGAUACCGGAGAAGAUAUCUAUGUCUCUCUGAUGGGAACGGGUGCGAACGCACACAUUCGUCUCGAGAAGCCAACAUUACGGCUGGACAGCACGUACAUCAGUUUAAUCAGCAUGAAGAAACUAAAGAUAUUCAACCGAAGCGAUAUCAUGGCGACCUUCCAAUGGAAACAAUUCUCCAACGUGACAGAAGAAGCCCAAUAUCGAGCGCGUCGGGAAGCAGAAUUGGGAAUCGUCACACAAUCCGACUCUGACGAGCCUGACGCCAGAUAUCUCGAAUUUGAUCAGGGCGAUGGGGAGAAGGACCCGAGCGAGACAGAGGAAUUAUUGGAUCUUGCGCUGCUUUCACAGCGAUACAAGAAUCAGAAGCGGGAAAUCGAGCUAAAUCCCAUGCUGUUCGACGGAUCCAUUUUUCGGAUUUCUCCUUCGUGCGGGACUAUCUGGCCGAAUUCAUUUGUGGAGAUGAAUGUUCUCUUUGCGCCGGUGGCGGCGGGUCUCCAGACGCAAACAGUCUACUGUGAGGUGUCCGGCAGAGAGACUCGCUUGCCUUUGCAACUCAAAGGAGAAGCUAUUGGACCGAAAGCGCGAUUUUCUUACGAUAUGCUCGAUAUUGAAGAGAUAUUCAUCCUAACGAAGCAUACAUACAAAGUUGUUCUGGAGAACAAAGGCGACAUUGAAGCUGUGUUCUCGCUUAACCCGUCGAGUAGCUUAUUCGGACCCAAAUUCUCAUUCAGCCCGGAUCGAGGAGCGCUGAAGGUUGGGGAGCAGCAAAUGAUUGAGAUUGGGUUUCACCCAGAUAUACUCGGGGGGUUUUCGGAAGAGUUUGUUUGGGACAUCGAAGGCGCCCCAGAACCUCUGGUUCUCACGCUUACCGGCAGCGUCGUCGGGCCAAGUUUUCACUUCGAUGCAAACGAAGUAAAUUUUGGCGUGAUCGCUUACGGCUUCACGUACAAUCGAUCGGUGACUCUGCACAACACUUCGCUGAUUGCUAUGUCAUAUCACCUGAGCAUCCCGCCGGGAGAGAACGGAAAGGUUGACGAGUUCACGGUAUCGCCCAUGCACGGUGUCAUUGACCCUAUGAGCUCUCAUCAAAUUACCGUAUCAUUCACGCCCAAAUCUGUGCAAACGUACAGCACGUACGUCACGGUGAAAGUGGAUAACGUUGGGGAGGAUCUUCGGCGCUUGCCCCUUCAUGCCGAUAGCACCGUGCCUAUAAUCACAGUGCUUCCGCGCAUCCUAUCCUUUGGUGACACAUUUCUGAACCAUCCCUACGACAAUCAUGUAACACUGGAGAACAAUACCGAGUAUCCAGCACGUUACGGUUUGCUUGCACAGGAGGACUCCACCAAGGCAUCAUAUCAGUAUGCAUCUGACAAUGGAGAAGGAGUUCUCAUGCCUCACUCGAGAACUGAGGUUCAUAUUCAGAUCCAAGUGAAGCAGUUAGGCGUUGUCGACUUUCCGAUUUGUAUGACCAUUGCUGGCAAUGAGGAAGCACCCUUGCUGACGGAUAUCUCGGCACAUGGGAUAGGACCGAACGUCGUGGUAUCUUGCACGGAACUCACCUGGGGAAAAAUACCAGUUUUGCAGAGAGUCCCGCUGACAUUGGCCCUCAAGAAUGAUUCGCUUAUACCUGCCAUAUUCGAGUGCAAAUCGGUCAACGACCAUUCGGUAUUCAAAGUCGAGCCUCGAAAAGGCCAGAUUCCGCCAAACGAGGAAGCUGCCGUUACGGUCACGGCGUUCUUGGACGACUCAGUCAAGUUCACCGAUAUCGUCAAAGUUAUCACGCAAUCUGGUGGAGUGCACGAAGUGAAGUUGGUUGCCAGAGGGCAGGGGACGACAAUCACUUUCGAUGAUUCCCUCCGGGAGGUGAACUUUGACCAUGUCUUUAGCAGCAGGGAAUGCCAUAAGGUUUUCACAAUGACGAAUAAGGGCCGCCGACCCCAAACGCUGAUGUGGAUUGGUGAAGAGACCAAGGGAAAAGACGGAACAGUUGCUUCGGAGCCGAUUUUCGAGGUUGUCCCUCCUCGGUUCACUCUGAAACCGGGCAUGUCACAGGACAUCACACUUCGCGGAUUCAGCAACAAGGCUUUAGAUGUCCGGCAAACCCUCGUCUGUCAAGGCUUCAUUGACAAAGACCCACUCAGAAGACUGGUUCUGAGCACUCAGGUUUCGGCGACCUUCGUGACCCCGUUGGUGAGGCUUUCUCCACCGGAUUUGAAGUUUCAUGCGACACACACAAGCGAGGAUCGGCAAAUGGUUCUCAGCAAAGAGCUGGAGUUGACCAACACUUCGUCGUUGCCGCUUCACAUCGUCUUCAAGUACCCAAAAGCAUAUACAGUCCAUCCAUCGGUCUUGAAGGACGCAUUGAAUCCCAACGACACCGCAAAGGUCACCGUAACGUACGACCCUUCCUCCCAUAAAGACCGUAUCACAAAGCAGGAGCAUGCGAAGCUUGUCAUUUCCUACGCUGAACAUCCUCAGAAGGAUAUCGUGGAUAUUGACAGUGAAAUCAUGUAUCCGAACUUGGACUUUGAUAGCACCUCCAUCAAUUACGGAUGCAUACCGGUCAAUACCGAGCAAAUAUCUCGCUUUACGAUGUUCAACAAGAACAAUCUGCCGGUGAUGUACUGCUGGAACUUUCAAGCGACGAAAGACGCUAUCGAAGAUGAAAGUGUCGAUGAGAGUUCAUUGGAGCAAAUCUUCGAUAUUCGUCCUUUACGAGGCACUUUACUCCCAGGGGAAAAAGAAAUCGUUGAAACCACAUUUUACGGGCAUAUUCCCGGCAAAUUCACCGCGCAAGCAAUUUGCGACGUGUCUUGUGGACCGAAGUACAAGGUCAACCUGGAAGGGGAGGUCUCAUCUAUCGAAUUUCAGCUCGACCGCCUGACGGUGGACUUUGGCACUCAACCUUAUCAGAAUGUGGUAGAGCAAGAAGUAUUCCUUACCAACACUGGGAAGGUGGAAUUCGACUUUACCGCUGCGCUGUUACCCACUUCCCAGCUACUUCCACGGCUGACGCUUUCUCCGGCGCAAGGAACUAUUCAAGCCCGAAGCAAACAACGUAUCGCUGUCAAAUGUUGCAUAGCAGUUCCGGAGGCAAUCGAAGAUGCCUUCUUCAUUCAAAUCGCCAGAUUUGAACCCGUGCGAGUGCGAGUCACAGGAAAAGGCGUUUUUCCGAGAAUCGCUCUGAACAUACCGCGCGUGGCGGACGCGAGGUAUGAAGCUAUCGUAACCGAGAUAGAAGCUGCUCACCCUCGGUCAAAACUAAGUAGUGCUGCAAGCGAUGGAGUGCGGAUCAGGGAUUCCGAAGCGGAGGAGCAAGCAGACAGCCGCCUCUUGCGGGAGUUGACGUUAAAGCUGUUGAAUGAACUCAAUGAGGACGCGAAAUCACGCCUGCCAGCCGUUCCCCGUGGACGAUUCAUCGGAUCCCCUCUCCUGUACCACAAAGCCCAGCAACACAAGGCAGAUAAAAAGCAGGGCUUGCUUCUCUCCGAGAGCUCCCAGGUGCGGCUCGCAAACUACAUGUGCGACCUGGGGAAUGUCAUCAAGAAUACAUGCAAAAGUCAAGCAGUGACUGUGAGGAACACCGGGCAUCAACCUGUUUCCUUUGUCCUUGAAAAGGCCGCGCUUAGUGGGACAGGAUUUUCCGUAGAACCUGACAAAAUUCGCUCGCUGCCCCCAGGAGAACGAGUGGACCUGAAUAUCACUUUCCAGGCGCGAAGUUAUAGCGGUCGCGGCGACACAACUAGCAUUGGAUUUCCCAUCAAGGUUUCUGGAGGACCGACGAUUGGUGUCCAGUUGCAGGCGACGGUGACAGUUCCUGAUCUUGUUCUUUCAACGAACACUCUUGACUUUGGCGAGGUUCUAUGCGGUUAUCGCAAGACCGCGCACGUUCGGAUGGAAAAUCCAUUCAGCAUCCCAUGCGAAUGGGCGAUUGUGUAUCAUGACGCUUCUGCUUCCGAAACUCGAGGUCAAAAGAAAACCACUCGGCGUGGAGUGAAAGAGUUCGAGAUCAGUCCAACCUCCGGAGUGCUAAACCCGGCAGAAAGCUGUUUGCUAACGGCGCGAUUCUCGCCUAUCGAAGAAAAAGCUUACCAGGAAAUCGCUUACAUCAAGAUAAACUUGAACAGCAAACGAAUGCAAUUGAUUGUGCAAGGAAACGGUACUCAAGCCAACAUCAUUUUCGAGCCCGACCGAGUGGUUCUAGGACCGGUCCUGCCCUACUCAGAAGGUGUCGUGGCAUACUUUUCCGCUUACAACCCCACAUCGCACCCAAUCGAAUUUGCGUCGGUUGAGUUUGAUAAGGAUCUGCUGGAGGAAGAGAGUAUGCUGAAGCACUUGGAUACGUGGGUCAACGGGACAACAUUCAUCCCACCACGGGAGCUUGGUGGUCCCUUGCCUGAGAAAGUUGUGGAGAAUGCUCAUGCGAAGAUGAAAGCUGCUAGAGAUAGCGCGCAAAGUGAGGCUGGUCAUCAUCUGGGUGUCGGGGAUCUCUUAGAGACGGCUGCUCCGAUUCAUGGACGUAGGCGGUCAUACUUGAAUCCAUCGCCCCAGCAACCGCAAGUCUCGCAACCAAUGCAGCAGAUACCAGUACCUGCACUUCACCAGCCAACUUCCCCGUCUUCCGUGAGCGUCAAUGCUGCUGACCCCACAACAUCUCAACCCUCUCCGAUCGAAUCUGCUACUGCCAUCAUCCUUCACGGCCCGCCGUACUCAGGUCGAAGGUCUCAAGCUCGAAUGAUAUCAAAAGUGUACGGUUACGCCUAUGUUCACAUCGAUGAAGUGAUCGAUGCCCAUUUGAAAGGAGCGCACCUGGAGAGCGGGCCUAUCAUUGUGGAACCAGGACAGACGCAUAGUCUUUACGGAGGAGGAACCUCCGGAAAGCGUAAUCAAACGACCACUGAAAAUGACGAAGGACUGGAUGGAUCCGGCGGCGGAACAAAUACAGAAGCCGAUGCAGAACUUGCCUUCGGAGAGCUUCAUAGCAACUUGGAGGCGUCGGCAUCUCCGACGUCGCUUCCCGAAGAAACGAUACAAGAUAUUGUUCGGGAUAGAAUUCAGAUGGAGGAUUGCAUCAAAGGCUUCGUUAUUGAUGGGCUCGAGAGCAAAUUUGGUCCUCCAGUCGCAAUCCUGAGGGCAAUUCUGCGAUGCAUUCCGGAAAAAGCCAAGAGGCCUCUGUUCUUCAAUCUGGCAACCGACGCGUUGCACAUCCGCGAAAGGGAGGCGAAUGCUCAACGCCUUGGGGUGGAGAAAGACCCAGAUUUGGUUCCCGUGCAGGAACUAACCGAGGACGAGUAUGACGCACUUAACGAAGAGGACCGAGGGAGGUACGAUCGGAAAAUAUCCAAAUAUCGAAAGCUGUUGAAGGAGCAGCAAGAUCGAAAGAAGCAGGAACGCAGACUCUGGGAAGAGGAGCUAGCACUACGAGUGAACGAGCGGAAAGCGGAGGAGGAAAGGGCGAGAAAUAAGAAGAAGAGACCGCCUAUCACGCGAGGCGUCACUGAGAAGACUGAGCCAGGAAGGGUAGGUCCAACACCGCUUGGUCGAGCAGAUGUCGGUAGGCUCCGAGGGUCCUCGGUCUCGGUUGCGCCUGUCGCUCCAGAAAUACGUCCAGGAACUCUUUCACCUAAGUCGUUGGCUAAGCGACACGCACUGGAUCGUUAUGAGAAAGGCUCGGAGCGAGCUCGUAGUGAGGCUGGUGAACGGGAGAUGGGAGAUGAACUGUCCUCGCGGUUCACACUAUCGGAAGGGGGAGAGCUCUUUCAAAACGAAAGCACCUAUCGGCGGGUCGAUAGUUAUAGUUCAACCUUGGAGUCGUUAAUCGCAUUGCUGAAAGAAGGGGACCUCAAGCCAAUAGCUGUUCGUCCGAUAGUGCCUCCUGCACCGGUCGACAAGAAGGCAACGAAGUCAAAGUCGGGGGCACCAGGCAACGUUGCGACCGAGGUGACUACUGUACUGCAGAGUACCGUUCUCGAAACCGAGCAACAAGAGGAUUCGUCAAGUCGAUGCUUAAUCGAGAUCAAUGCUAACGCCGACGAAGAAGCCGUCUUCAAAGCGAUCGCGGAGCACAUACCCUCUCCGAAAGCGGGCGACAACUCCGAUGAUUCUCAGAUACCUGAGCCGUAUCUGGAGCAGAUUGUGCAGUAUCCGCAGGAGCUUCCCGAAGUCAGCAAGUCCCUGAAAUAUUUCACCAUCUCCGCCGGUAGCGCGCGUGCUCCAGAAGAUGACUCUAUUGUGUCUCGAGAACUCUCGAUGGCGGGUCCAGUGCCAAGCAUUGGUCUUACCGCCCCCCCGACGAAGGAGAAUUUCCGUCGUUCCCACGUGGCGCCCAAAAUUGACGAAUCAAAGAUUGUGAUUGAGACUGAGGAUGACGACAAAGAUUCAGCGAAGCGCUAUCGUUGGAUCAUUCAACCACACGAGAGAGAGACGUUCGCGGUUCAAUUUGCUUCUAUGGAAGUCGGAAAAUUCGAGGAGACACUUCAUUUCGUCGCGAUUGGGGCAUCGGGCAGAUUCACGUUAUCUUGUGCUGGUCACUGCCAGUACGCAGCGAUUGUGACGGAGCCUAAGAAGGUAUUCAACAAAUGCAGAAAAUCGAAAGACGAGAAAACCAUUGUUCAAGGAGAAUACAUAGCAUCCAUCGGGACCUACGACUUCGGACCUCUGCUGAACAGCAAAGGGCGGGAGAAGUAUCAGGAGAGAUAUCCCGAGAAUCAUGCGUUGCUAAACAUCUGCAAUCCAAGCAACGCCGAGAUCAAGCUGACUGUUGCCCUUCGGAAUGAUAUCAAGGGAGACGUGUUCUUCUUUGAACCAGCAUCGAUGGACCUCAGCCCGGGACAAACUGAGAAAUUGUCCGUCUGGGCAUAUCCAAAGACAAACAGCGUUUUCGAGGACACUCUGAUUAUCUGCAUCAUGGACAAUCCUGAUCCAGUUUGUUACAAGCUCAGGUGCACUGGAGUAAAACCGGAGCUGGAGGUCGACAAAAAAGCAAUCACUUUCGAGAAAUUGCUAUUGAAUAAAACCGAGAAGCGAGAGUUACACUUGAAGAACAACACGUUAUUGCCUGUGGCAUGGAAACUUUCCGGGGCAGAUGCGCUUGGAGAUGAGUUUCAAGUGACACCUCUCGAGGGUAUCCUGGAGCCCACGCAGGAGUGUCUAGUGGAGGCGGAUUUCAAAGGAAGCAAGCCGGUAGUCGUCAAGAAGGCUUUCAAGCUUGAAGUGAGCGACUCUGAAAAGAUCGGCGGGAUUGUGCAGGAAGUUCCAAUACUUGUGACAGCGGAAGCAUAUGAUGUAGCUGUGGACCUGCACUUCCCUAAAGGAUAUGAAGGAUUGGACUUCGGCGUCAUCAAGGUGUUUGACGAAGGGAAGCAGACCUGUACCCUGAGAAACAAAGGACGAUAUGAGGUUGGGUAUCGCUUCAUAUUUGAUGCCAAGGAGGACAGUGAUGUCUUCAGCGUUCUUCCGCCACAAGGUAUCAUACAGCCAUCGGAAAAGCCCUACGGCGUUCAGGUCGUUUUCAAAAGCUCACGAGAGACGAGCAUUCGGGACGUCGUGGCCUGCAAAUGCCAGUUUUUUGAGCCAACAAAUGGGGAGAUCACUGCCGUCAUCCCCGUCAAAGUGUCUGCUCGGGCAGUAUUCAGCAAAUUCUCCAUCUUACCGGUGCGAGAUCUUAAUUUCGGGGCAUUGGUACACGGGACGAAAGCAACUCGGCAGUUCAUCAUCGAGAAUCUGGGCGAGUUCGAUUUCCGAUAUUCCAUCUAUAAACUUGUACAAGCGUUGCUGGACACUAAGCUUGCCGGAAAGAACACACGUGCAAAUUCGCGGGCGAGCAAGGCGGGAGGUCGCCAGUCCCCUCCACCCACUUCCAAACCUUUGAAUCGAAAGGACCUACCCACCAAGCAAGGAGAUACGCUUAGCUUCGGGGCAUUUUCUGUGUCACCGACAGGGGGUGUGGUCGGUGCGGGACAGAAACAGCCCAUCAUGGUUGAAUUUCAUUCUGACGCUCCCGGAAGUUUCGAAGAGAUCGCCGCCAUUGACAUCACGGAUCGAUCCAUGAAUGAUUAUCCGGAUGUUUUGGAGUAUCGCUUGAUAGGCGAGUGCUGCGUUCCAGGAAUCAACACAACGGAUUUCCCCUCUAUAUUUGAGGAGCACUCCGUAUGCAAGCGAUUGGAGCUUUUUUCGCUCCGUACAAACUACUACGCGGAAGAUGAUCGCGUUUUCACCUUUGGGCCAUGUUUAGCUGGACAGCAAGCUCACGGACGAUUAAAGUUGUCCAAUCCAUUCAAAGUCCCUUGUGAUGUUAGCGUUACGACAAAGCCCCGAAGCAAGGCACGGGGCGAAGCAGCGGACUUCGCUUUCGAUUCGGAUCCAAAGAGACUGACGAUACCAAGCCAUGAAAGCCGUUAUGUCACGGUCUCAUUCCAUCCAAUGUUGUUACAAUCGUACGCAGGGAUCUUUGAGGCGGUCGUUGAAAAUGUCACGGAAAGCAAGCACAAAACACUUUCGUUCGAGCUGCGCGGUGAAGGAACUCUCCCGCGCGUUAUUGUCGAUAAGCCCGGGCUUAGAUCGAACUUGGGUGUUCCUUGGCUUCAGUUCCGUCGACUAAUGAUAGGUGCAAGUCAGACUUUGCCAUUAACUGUUCGGAACGACGGAAUCAUUGGAGCCAAGCUGUCCCUGGACUGGCUCACGAAAGAUACUGAGGAUUUUGACUGCUCCGGUGUCAAUGUCACGCACAUCUUGAAACCUCAGGAAUCCAAAACCUUCGAGGUUCGUUGCCGAGCAAGCAGUGUUCGCAAAUUGAAUGCGGAACUACGGCUACGGAUUCUAGACAACACAUUCGAGGACACUACCAUUCAGAUCAGUGGGGAAGGUAUUUUGGAUGAUCUCAGCAUAGACGGCUUACCCGGGGAAAACGAAAACGAACUUCACUUUGAGGAUUGUUUCAUCAACGAAAUAAAGCACUAUCCUUUCAGCAUCGCGAAUCACUCCCCCGAAUACCUUUCGAUAGUUUUGGAAGAGCAAUUGGGUUUCACCUUCGCGCCUUCAAGUCUCCAUAUCCGUCCGAAGGGGAGCAAAGACAUCACGGCGUCUUUUGUCACACGUAGCCCUUGCGAGCACAAUGGAGUAACACUACUCAUCAAGGUUGCCCGUAUUAGGUAUACGGGUCCCAUUCCCGAAAAUGACUGGGACAACAACAUGAAGGCCGUGAGAUGGGUGGCAGGGGAUCCUAACCACCUGAGCGCUGCGAAGAAGAUCACCGAGCCCACUCCCGAACCCGGACAUGAAGUUAUCGGCCCUGGUGUCACGCAACGCAAUCUGGUCGCGAAAGCCUUUGCUGACUUCUCAACCUUUGAGUGCGAUGUCAAAGAUAUCAAGUUCAAAGAGACCAUGAUGUUCCAGACAAGGGCUUACAACGUAGUAUUGAGGAACCCAGGGAAAGUCAGCUUGCAGUACAAGUUCCGUUUCGUGGAAGACUCUGAAGUCAUGGUGCCCGAUACAGCCGAUUGUCCUUUCAGUAUUUCACCUGCUGCAGGGAAAGUCCUGCCGGGAGAAAGUGUGUCACUAAAUUUGAAGUUCUCCCCCAUCGACGUGGGUCAUUUUUCUGUGGAGCUUUCGGGGACAUUCGCGAAUCUGAACGCGAACCAAAAACCGAUUCACGCUCAGGUUCAGGGCGCUUCUUCGAGACCAUUUUGUCACUUUGAAAUUCAGGACAGCGACUAUCUAACUCGCAGGAGUCUGGAGCAAGGGCUGGUCACUGGCGUACCUGCUACUCUUGACCCCAGUACGAAGGUCAUUGAGUUCCAAUCCUGCGGCAUCAAAAUCAAGAAUACGAAGCGCUUCUAUCUGCUGAAUCCCACAGCAUUGAGCUACGGUUUCGAAUGGACACACGAGAGUGGGGACUCUCGGGCGUUCAAAUGCCUAACGCCGAAGGGGAUUGUCGUAUCAGAUAAGAAGUAUGAAAUAGCGUUUGAAUAUACCCCGGACUCGGUUGACACCAAGGAAUCUCUGUGGCGAAUGGACAUUGUGGGCCAUCAGAUUUCCGUUCAUUUCCUCCUUGUGGGUCAAGCAACGGAGCCGAAUGUUUUUGUGGACCGCCCUAGUCUGAAUUUCAAGUCGGUACUUGUCCGACGACAAGUGAAGGAAAUCAUCAAGCUGGUCAACAACGAGUCAAUACCUUUCGCCUUCGCAUUCAGCGAGACCUCGUUUGAGAUGAGCCAUGAAGGCGCACCCGUGUUGCGAUUCAGUCCCACAACUGGAACUGUGGGUGGAAAGUCAGAACAGCCUAUUGAGGUGACUUUCGUUCCAUCAGCGGAGAAAAUGUUUAACUUCAACUUGGUGUGCAACGUCAAGAAAAAACCAUCGCCUUUGACCAUCAAUGUGAAAGGGGAAGGAUAUGAGAUUCACGACUCGCUGCAUGCCGAGGUACCGGAUGGUUCGCUUACAGAGUUCGGGGCAGGAUACGCAGCGCAAAACGUUUUGGAUUUUGGAUCUGUGCAGCUGAAUGAGAAAAGAUUGCGGAGGGUUGUAAUAGUCAACUCGGGACGUUUUAACUUGGACUAUUCUUGGAAGCUUGCCGGGAAAAAGGCCGGUUUCAUCACUAUUCGACCCGAUUCCGGCACGAUACGAAAAGGAGAACGUGUCUUUUGUGAAUUGUCCUUCACGCCUCGGCAUCCAAUAAGUCUCAAGGACAUCAGAGCGACUUGUCAGAUUAUAAACGGAAAAGUUUACCAGUUGGCGUUGAGUGGCACUGGAGUACGUUCUCUGUUGCGUUUAUCAAAGCCACUGCAUGAUUUUGGAACGCACUUCCUCUUCAAGCCUGGGAUGGUUGCCCCCACUGCCAUCGUGGAUAUCACGAAUGAUGACAUUAGCGAACUAGCUUUGGAAAUUCUGCCUUUGGCCUCCUCCAUUUUCACACUGAGAAGGACGAUCAGUACGCUCGCACCUGGCGAGACGGGCGCGAUUGAGCUUGCCUUCCAGCCAAAGGAAAGUAUGGCCUACAACGAAAACGUCAGAAUCGAGAUCAACGGCCUAUCCACUAUCGAUUUCCCGGUAAAGGGUGAGGGAACGGAGUACAAAGUGGAUGUUCUUCACGCGGAGCACCGUACCGUGCAGUUCGGAGCAAUAAGCAUCGGCCACACCGUUAGCAAAUCCCUCAAGCUUGUUAAUCGGAGCUCCAUUCCAGCAACAUUCUCGCUGGGUCCUCCCUCGGUUAUCGAGAGUCUGCUAGCGCAUGCAGUUUCUGUGGGCCCAUUGCAGGUCAGUAACAUUCGACCGAAGGGGACUGUAAAUGUAGAGUUCGUUUUUCGGCCGCUACAACGCAUCCCAGCAUUUUCGGAAGAGUUGCUCUUGGAAGUUCCUGGCAUUUCCAAGCCAAUUGCACAAAUCACAGGCGCAUGCCAAGGGAUUGAAGUGAGGUUGGAGAAUGACACUCUCCCUUUCGGCGCGGUGGUGAUCAAGAGCAGCGCAACCCGUCGCCUACAGCUUCAGAAUUCCGGGGACAUUGGAACGACGUUCCGUUGGGAAGUAAAACAGUUCCUUCCGGACUUCUCGAUAUCACCAUCCGAAGGCUAUAUAUCACCGGGCAUGGAGGUAUCUUUAGAGAUCACCUUUCAUCCUCUUGAGUUCAAUGCAGACAUCCGAUACGAAAACUUGCUGUGUCGCGUUGACGGAAUGUCAUCGGCUCUCAGUCUAACUUUGAGUGGGAUGUGUGUACCGCCACCGGUGCAUAACGAAGUGCUGAAAUUCUCAGCUCCCGUUAGACAAUCUGAAAGCAAAAGUAUCCCGCUUACCAAUAGAAGCUCGAUUCACUGGCAUGUGCGACCUAUCAUUGAGAACGAAUGUUGGAGCGGUCCCGAGAUCAUUGACAUUGAGCCAGGGCAGACAAAGCAGUAUGACAUUGUUUUCACUCCGUUGGAAAUGGUCGGUACUGGAGAUGGAGGACGACACGAGGGAUCAGUAUUCUUCCCGCUGCCAGAUGGGACAGGCACGCUGUACAAACUGUAUGGCGCCGCAGACAAGCCUGGCCCUGCUGGAAAUAUCUCACGCGACGUGCCAUGCAAGACGCUCUACACGGAGGUCCUACCCGUGAUGAACUGGUUGAAGCGAACACAAAAGCUCAAAGUUUCCAUGGAGUUGGCAAAACCGGAUCCUAGUGUCGUUCUCAAGGGACACGACUUCAUUGAGCUUCCGGCACUUCUCAGCAAGGAUUACAAACUCUCAUUCUACGCAUACAAAGAGGGAGUUACUAGUGUCAAGGUUAUCUUCAAGAAUGAAACCUCACAAGAAUACACGUAUUACAACAUAACAUUCCGAAGUACAUCCGCGGGAGUUAUCGCAACGUACGAACUCUUGACGUCUGUUCGACAAAGUCUCACGAAGGAAAUCACCGUCACGAAUCCUCUACCGACAGCAGUCGCUUUCACGAUCACCUGCAACUCCACAGACAUAACAGUGCCGCACUCAAUCUCAAUUCUACCAAAGUCCGAUGCAGUGGUUCCUCUCGAGUUCCUCCCACUUCAUCCACGCGAAGCAGUGGCACGCCUGACACUGCAAUCGAAUGAGCUGGGGUCGUAUUUAUACGAUCUCAAGCUUGUAGCAAGCAGUGCUGCGCCUGAGCGGAGUCUGCACUUCAAGGUUGGACUUGGUGGAAGCCAGACCCAAACUUUCAGGUUUAUGAGCUUUGCGAAGGUGAAAACCGAGUACAACUGCAGAUUGGAAAGUUCGGAUUUCGCUUGUGAAAAAACUGUUCUCGCCACCGCUGCUUCAAAUAGCGGCACAGAGGUCUCGUUAGACAUCACUUACGAACCGUCCAGAUUGGGUGACGUUCGGACUCAGCUCAUUAUCACUUCCACGACGGGAGGGGACUUUGUAUGUCCAUUAUUUGGGCAUUGCGUUAUCCCUCGACCGCAAGGGCCGAUCGUCAUCAAAGCAGGAACACCAACUCUCAUUCCCUUCCGGAACGUUUUCAAUUCCUCGGCAACCUAUACUCUCGUGGUGGACAAUGCCGCCUUCGCUGUGAAAGGGGCGGAGACGAUUGGGGCCAAGAAAACCACCCAGAUAUCAGUCUCUUACAAACCCUUCUCUCCAGCCCCUUAUGGCAGUGAGAAGGCAGACGAAAAGGAAAGCUCGACUGUUGGAGGUGGUGGAGGCUCCAGAAGGGAACGAGCUGAAAAAGGAAAGGAGAAGGACAAAGGGGCAGAACCACAAUCUGUGGCGACAGUGCAGUCUGCGCGGGCUCGGGUUGGACCCGGUGCUAAGGUUGGGAAGCUGAUGAUCAGUCACUCGGAAAGCAACGUGGUGUGGAUAUAUUACUUGAGGGCGACUUGAGUGAAAUUAGCAGUCCCCUUGUACAUAUGUAACUGGCAUAUUGUAACCUGCAACAUGUAAUGUAUCUACCGUUAAGAUAAGAGAGCUGUAUAAAAGCCGAACAAUGACAGCGUUCAGGUGAUGGGCAAAGGGAGCGGAGGGAGAUGUCAAUUUCUUACGUCAUCCCCCCGAUACGCUGUCAAAUGCAACUACGUGCCGCGAACAGCUGUCAGAUUUGGCAGCACCUUCCUUA